AUGAUCUGCUAUGACUCUUCUUAUAGAUCUGUUACGGCUACAACCGCCGCACGGGAUUACUACAGGAUUCUGCAAAUCCGACCAAAUGCCAGUCCAGAAGAGGUCAAACAGGCUUUCAUUGCCCUGUCCAAAAAGUACCAUCCUGACAUGGCUGGGUCAGACCCGCAAUCGCACACCAAAUUUAUCGAAAUAAGCGAAGCCUUUUCGGUACUCGGAAAGGAGCAAAGCCGUCGUGAAUAUGAUCUCCAGCGGAGGUUGAAUGCUUUCGGUGCUAACGCAGAGGGAUACAAAAUGACCUACCCAAAGGUCGAUCAGUCCAUUGAUCCUCAAGUUCUUGAAUCGUACGAUGUGGAGAUGCAUAGGCGCUGGAAUUCACGACUUAACCAGUGGGCCCGCGACCAAGGCGAAUACGAGCUGGAACGUGGUAUCCACAUGAAUCCAGUCAGCCCAGGACUCUCCGCAUCUUACAUAUCCACGGAGGAGUCACGACACUUCACCUACAUGCUGGUUGGCUUUGCUGCCUUUUGUGCCGCCAUGACGUACCUGUAUAUGCAAAUGUGA